UCGACAGAGAUGCUACGACGAGAUGCGUCCUCUCCGCAAUCGGCUUGCCAACGAAAACGAAGUGCGUCCCGCAUCGGUCUUUGCGGAUCAGGUUUUGCUGGAUAUGGCAACUUCCUUGCCCGAGAGUAUUGGUGAACUGUUGAAGAUCGACGGCGUGACUGAAGACAAGGUCCUCCGGUACGGGAACGCCUUCAUGACUAUUAUCAAGAAAUUCGCACAGGAAAAGCGUGACAAUCUCGGUGAUGUCGAUAUGAGAGCCGGUGCUGGUGGAGGUACGCCUGACGAGCCCUUCGAAAUCGAUGAUUUUGAGAACGCAGACUUUAUCGACGAUGAUCAGACUGAGACAAGUCCACAUUUCAUUGCGGAGACACAGCAGCCAAGGCAACAAGCGGAUUUGGUUAACCAGUUUCGUCAACAGUUCAGCAGUCUUGGAUUCAAGAGGUCGAACACGACGGCUAGCAGGUCUGCCGCAUCGAGCGCACCUGCACGUGGACGGGGUGGAGCAAAGAACUUCCGUGGUCAAAGUAGGAGAACAACGAGCAAUGGAUCGAGGAGCGCUGGCGGCAGCGGCGGAAGCAGGAGUGGAGGAUCCAGAGGAGGGAGCAGGGGAGGCAGAGGAGGACGAGGUGGAAGCAGCAUUAUCAGGCCAAUGUAAAGGCAAGCUUAUCUCAGGAUCGGAGUUUUGUGUUAUCG